GGUAUUAUUAGUAGUUGUAGUAUUGUUCAUAUGGUGUUUCCCUUCAGUACGAGCCCAUUUGUUUGUCAUGCUGGGGGGAUGUAGCGCUGUGUUGGCAUUUGCUAUGGCGAUCCAUCGUGGCGCUCCCAUAUACUGUAUUAUCAACACGUCAAUCAGCGUGACUGAUGGAGGCCCUACUAAACGAGUGGCUGUGGCAGGACAGGUACUGGCUACCUCCUGGAAUGCACUGGCAGGACAUGGAGACAAGCGAAGGUCACUAUCCACUACCCAGAGAUCUCAUGUUCACUUUGCCGGUGGCCUUUGCUUUCAUCGCCUUCAGAUAUGUUUUUGAGAGGAUCGUGGCUAUUCCAUUAAGCAAACAUUUAGGUGUGAAGGACCGGAUUAGGAUUCGAGCUGCUCCUAUUCCCAAACUGGAGAAUUUCUACAAACAGACCAACCGUCUGCCAUCACAAAGUGAACUGGCAAGCUUGGGAAUGCAUUGUGGACUCUCCCAGUCAAAGGUUCGAAGCUGGUUCAGGCACAGAAGAAACCAGGACCGACCCACCAACACCAAAAAGUUCUGCGAGGCCUUUUGGCGUUUUGUCUUCUACCUUGCAGCUUUCACAGCAGGGCUUGCCUCUUUGCUCGACUCUCCGUGGUUUUGGGAUCACAGCGAGUGUUGGCAGGGUUUUCCUAAGCAGGUUGUGACCAAUGCCCACAGCUGGUAUUACACCUUGGAACUGGGCUUCUAUCUGUCUCUGCUUCUCUGUGUCUCUGUGGAUGUGAAGCGAAAAGAUUUCAAGGAGCAGGUCAUUCAUCACAUUGCCACCAUAUUUCUCAUUGGGUUCUCCUACUGCAGUAAUUACGUGAGAAUCGGCACACUUGUGAUGCUGGUGCAUGACUCAUCUGACUUCCUGCUCGAGUCCGCCAAGAUGUUUCACUACGCUGAGUGGACGAAGACAUGUGACUCGCUGUUUGUCAUAUUUUCUCUGGUUUUCCUAAUUACACGGCUGGUGGUGUUUCCUUGCAGAAUCAUCCACACAACAUUGGUGUUGUCUCUUGACUUCUUCGAGCCCUUCUUUGGUUAUUACUUCUUCAAUGCCCUCCUGCUAGUACUGCAAGCUCUGCACAUUUUCUGGGCCUACCUCAUCCUGCGUAUGAUCUGCAAGUUUAUGUUCAAGGGAAAGGUGGAGCGUGAUGAGCGCAGUGAUGAGGAGAGCGAGGCAGACGAAGAAGAGGAGGCUGAGGAAGAUGAGAGGAGCUGGGAGCAGAGGAAGGGUGCCAUCAAUACCAAGUUGGCAUCGCUAGCCAACAACUGCGUGCUCAACAACUUGACGAACCAGAGAAAUCUUAACAGCAGACUGCCCAAAGCCAGAUAGAGUCCAGGAAAACAUUUGUCAUUCCUGACAAAUGUCCCUUGCAACGGUCCAUCCAUGAUUUCAUCCCGCUGUCAGCCAGCAUCUUGCUUUUCUUUGUUCAACAAAAAGAGGCAGCAAAAAAGCACAAAUGAUUGUAAAUCAAUGUGCCCGGUGUUACAUUGGAAGGAAACAUCCUCACUCUUGUCAUUUGAAUUCAGAGUGUGCAAAAAGUUGAUGUCUUCAUUUUGUAUUUAUGACAUUUCCUCAGUGUUUUUAUACAUGGGAUCCUUUCAUUGAUAGUUUAGAACAGUGUUUCCCCCAACUUUUAUUGAGCCAGGGCCUCUGAUUUGAGAUUAGAAAAAGCUCAAUGCACACCACCAAACAAAAUGACACAAAAAUGAUGACGACUGAAAUAAUAUAUUCCAUCUAAAUUUACCCACCAAUUUACUUAGUGUCAAAUCUGGGACUGCUUGAUUGAAAACAAAGCUGAUAGAGUUACAGGAAACCGUGACUUAUUCUGUCGUAUGUAUGGCAACAGAUGGAUACGCGGGUUUUUUGUACCUUCUCCCAUCUACUGAUCAUUCCUAGGGCACCGCCGAUGAACUCGCGCAGAAUGCAUGAUAGCAAUCACUGAUGUAGAAAACAGAUUUCUUUUUAAAUUCAACUUCAUCAAUCAAAUUGACAGUAUCGCUUACAUGCUUUGAACAAGAAUUUCCAUCAUCACAGAAUGACUGCAAAGGAAUUUUUCUUCAAGGUAAAUUUAGUGUUUUAGCCACUUUUGCAACUAUUUUUGUCAACUAUUGAGUAUUGAGGCCACAGAGAAAAGAAGUCUCUUUUACUUCGAUUUGAAAAAUUAAACUGCAAUUAUGAGAAUAUUCUUAUUUUAAUGAAUUGCAAAAAUGAAGUAAUAUUCUUGGGAAAAUGUACUGUACACCUGACAUUUUUUAAAAGGUCAAAAUGUUUUGCUUGGAAUGUGAUAUUGCAACUGGAUUCUCAUAACAGUCACAACUUUGGUCUUGUAACAAUGCAACAUAAUCCUUAAUACUAGCAACAUAACUUUGUUCUUGUAAACAUUUAAUUCACUAGUCAAGCACUGGAACUGUUGUUUUGUUUUGUUUUGUUUUUCAGCGUGGCCCGUUUUUUGUGGGACAUAUUACAGUAAAACUGUUUUUUUUUU